CCGCUCCUUCCUUUUGACUGUAUGGUAAAAUCGAAGGGCCUUUGUUGUGGAUUCAAUUAUUCGGUAGGCGGCGAUAGACAGAAGGAUUGUGAAUUUCUGAUUGCGGAGAAGAAAUGGCCACACAGACGAAGCAAACUGUUGCCAAGGUGAAGCUGGGCGGCGGCGGUCAAGAUGUAUCAAGGAUUAAGAAGAUCGAGAGCUCUAGCAAGCAAUUGGCUGAUUCGAAGAACAAAUCCGUUUCAACUUCGUGUUGUUUAUCGAAUGUGAAGGUGAAAUCAUCAACAUCAAGUACAUCAAAAGCUACAACGACAACCAAAACUGCUAGAGUGAAGAAAGUCUUCUCCUUGGCUGGCCAGAAAUAUGAUCCCCCUGAAGAGAGGGAGCCGGUUAGGAUUUUCUACGAGUCGUUGUCUGAACAAAUUCCAUCUAGUGAAAUGGCAGAAUUUUGGAUGAUGGAACAUGGGUUGCUGUCCCCUGAGAGAUCUAAGAAGGCAUAUGAGAAGAAACAGAGAAAGCAAAAGAUGCAACGCAUGGGCACUCCCAUUAAAUCUCCCAAAACACCUAGCAAACCCGAGAGUUCUUCUCACAGGCAGCAACUAGCAUCUUCAAAGAAAGUUGAUAUAAAAUCCAAGAGAAGACUAGCCGAUGACAGUGAUGAUGACGAUAAUCUCGUACUAAGUGCAAAAAGAAGGAAAGGGUAAGCGGAAAACAUCAUGAUUCUGGAUAGGCACUUAGUUUAGAUUGAAAAAGGGAACACAUUCAAUCUUCAAGUGUUGUUGGUUGUAAACUACUGGAAACCUGAUAGAUCAAGACAAUCUUUUUCUAUACUCUAGCGCAGAAAUUAUAUCAGCACCCUGAAAUUUCUUAUUUCUGUUCAUGUUCUACUCUUGCACUUGACAGUGACAAUAAUGUUGUACCUUCCAUGUCCAGCCAUUUAAGCUUGUUGGUAAAGACCAGUUGGCUGUGCCAUCCUAACAAGCAAUGUUGCCUGACCUUGGUUGUUUGCCAUUUCAGUUUCUUAUGACUUCAAAGGACAGAGAUUUUAUGCUUGUCCUUCUUCUCCCAGCAAAAGCUGUCAAAUAUUAUGCAUUAGUUCGAAUUCUCCUUAA